AUGUUGGCUCUUGUUAUAUUGGGAGUUGUAUGUGGGCUGUCUUCAGCCUUUAAUUACGGUUACGGUGGAUAUGAUAACUACGGCGGAUAUGGUCUAGGUUCUGGUCUUGGACUAGGAGCUAUUGGUGGACUUGGUUCUGGUCUGGGAAACCUUGGUGGACUUGGUUCUGGAUUGGGUUCAGGUUAUAGCUAUUACAACAGCUACAACACUGGUUCCUAUCCCUAUGGAUAUAGACUAGGAGGGCUAGGUAGCGGACUUGGAUUAGGAGGACUAGGAAGCGGUCUUGGAUUAGGAGGGUUAAGUGGUUUAGGGGGAUAUGGAGGAUACGGUGGAUAUGGUCUAGGAGGAUAUGGAGGAUUGGGUAACCUUGGAUAUGGCCUGGGAGGAUAUGGAGGAUUGGGUAACCUUGGAUAUGGCCUGGGAGGAUAUGGUGGAUUAAAUAGCCUAGGUGGAUAUGGCCUAGGAGGAUAUGGUGGAUUAAAUGGCCUAGGUGGAUAUGGUGGAUAUGGACUUGGAGGAUAUGGUGGAUAUGGACUGGGAGGAGGACUCAGAGGAGGACUGGGCGGAGGCAGCCUUCUGGGUGGAAGACUAGGCUAUCCGACAGGAGGUAGAUAUAGCAGUAAGUAG